UGCCGUCGCUGCGCAUGCGCAGUCAGUUGUAGUUGUUAUUGUUGUACUUGUACUUGUACUUGUUGCUGUAGUUGUAAUUGUAAUUGUAGUUGUAGUUGCUGCGCAGCUUAAUUAUUACCCGAGCUUCCAGCAACAGCAGCAGUAGCAGCGCAGCUCCCAGCAGCUUUCUGUGUUCCCGCAAAAGUUUACUUGUUUGUCUGCAUUUUUAUCGGCACUUGUACGAGUACAUGAGACUGACACACACAUACACACACAUCGUUUGCAGCUGUAUGCGUUUUACUUUUGCCUUAAUAUCUGAUUUUGUUCCCCCAACUUGUUGCCUGGGAAAAAUAUUCUUGUGCUCUUUUUUGCGCUUUCUUUUUGCUUAUAACACAAUACAAACAAAUGUAAACAAUCACAACAUACAUAACUAUAACAACAACUCAUUACGGGCUUUGUGCAAUUGUCGAAAAAAAAGAGAAGAAAACCAAAAGAAAAACAAAGGAAUCAAGGCAUCAACAAAUUUCCCAAGCUGAAAACUGCAACAACAACAACAUUUUUGAUAGUGACGUGCAAUUUCACAUAACAAAAAAACCGCCGCCACAAACCGAAAAACGAAAAUGAAAACGUGGAUGCAGCUGUUGCUGCUUCUAUUCAGCUGCCUGUGCUACUUGCCACAACACAGCGAGGCCUGGCGGCCAUGUCCGGAGCUGAGUCCCGCCUUGCGUCUGCCAUGCAGAUGCAAUGUAGUGCCUUUUGCGGCAACUGGCCAACUCGGUGCUGUGGCCAUGGAUUGCGAUCAUGUUGUCUUCCACGGCGAUGCGCCCCAGCUGCCGUAUGGUGCACCCAUCGUGGUGUAUACGCAACGACACAGUGGACAACAAACGUUGCCGGCACAGACAUUUGGCCAGCUCAAGCUGCCCAUUGAGGAUUUGGACAUGUCCAACAAUCUCAUUCGACGCAUACCCGAAAAGGCCUUCGAUGGACUCAAGGAUUCGCUGAAUGAGCUGCGUCUGGCCAACAAUUUGUUGGGUGAUAAUCUGAAUCCCAUAUUCUCCACAGCCGAGCUGCAUACCUUAAAAAAUCUUCGUUUGCUCGAUCUGUCGGGCAACAAGAUCAAAUUGAUUGAGGAGGGUGUUCUGAAGGGUUGCAUGGAUCUCAAGGAGUUCUUCAUGGAUCGCAAUAGUUUAUCGGCGGUGCCUGUCAAAUCACUAAAUGGCCCCAGUGCCCUGAAACAUCUAUCAUUGCGUCAGAAUCACAUAGAUACGCUCUAUCGGGAGUCAUUUAGCGCCCAGUCGCAGCUGGAGAUUAUCGAUUUGCGUUACAACAUUUUGCGCAGCAUUGAUAGCCAGGCAUUUCGUGGACUUCGCCGUAUACGGGAAAUCAAACUGGCCGGCAAUCGUCUGACCAAUCUGAACAGCGAUGUCUUCGAGCAGCUGACCACGUUGCACAAACUGGAUCUGUCCGCGAACUUCUUCGGUCAAUUUCCCACUGUGGCACUGGCCUCCAUUGCUGGUCUCAAAUCACUGAAUCUAUCGUCCAAUAUGCUACAGCAACUGGACUACACGCAUAUGCAAGUGGUAAAAUCGCUGGAGAGCCUCGAUCUGAGCCGUAACAGUAUCACCAGCAUUCCGCCGGGCACAUUCCGCGAUCAGAGCCAGCUCAAGUAUCUCGAUCUGAGUCUCAAUUCGCUGCGCACAAUCGAAGACGAUGCGCUUGAGGGUCUGCCGAGUCUGCAAACGCUCAUCAUUAAGGACAACAAUAUUCUACUGGUGCCGGGCAGCGCUCUCGGCCGCCUGCCCCAGUUGACCUCACUGCAAAUGGAUUUCAAUCGGGUGGCGGCACUUUCCGCUGAAAUUCUGGGCUCCGUUCAGGCCGCCGAUAUCACCACACUCUCCCUGUCCCGCAAUGUGAUCCGGGAGUUGCCACCGGGUAGCUUUCAAAUGUUUAGCAGCCUGCAUACACUCGAUUUGGCGGGCAAUUCGCUGGCAAUGGUGAAUGCGGACACGUUUGCCGGAUUGGAGAGCACCUUGAUGCUGUUGAAGCUGGCGCAGAAUAAACUCACUGGGCUGGGCAACACACCGUUGGCAUUGUCGGAGCUGCGUAGCCUGGAUCUGAGCAGCAACAAUUUGGGCGACAUUAUGCCCACAAUUUUUGCUGACUUGGCGAACUUGCAGUCGCUGAAUUUGAGCCGAAAUCAUUUGAUGCCGCUGACUCCGGCUCUGUUCAAGCCACUGACUCGGUUGCAGAUCAUCGAUUUGAGCCACUGCAGCAUUCGCCAGCUGAGCGGAGAUCUACUCGCCGGCUUGCACGACUUGAAGCACAUCCAUCUGGGUGGCAAUCAGUUGCAGGAGCUGCAGGAUGGCACUUUCCUCAAUCUGUGGAACAUCAGCUCCAUUGAUCUAUCCGAGAACCGCAUCAAUUCCAUUCGUGCCGGCGCCUUUGUCAAUGUGAUGCAAUUGAAACGCUUGGAUUUGCGUGGCAAUCAGUUGUCCGCUUUUAAGGGCGAGUUCUUCAAUACGGGCACUGGCAUCGAGGAACUGGACAUCUCACACAAUCAGCUCAGCUAUCUGUUUCCCUCCUCGUUCCGCAUUCAUCCACGUCUGCGCGAGAUCAAAGCCAGUCACAACAAGUUCUCCUUCUUCCCCGCGGAAUUGAUAACCACGCUGCAGUAUCUGGAAUACAUUGAUCUAUCGCAUAAUCAGUUAAAGACCGUCGAAGAGCUGGACUUUGCUCGUUUGCCACGUUUGCGUGCACUGUUCCUCGCCCACAAUCAACUGGACAUGGUCAGCGAGAUGGCCUUCCACAAUUCCACCCAGCUGCAGAUUGUCGAUCUAUCGCAUAACAGUCUAGAUCGCAUUGGGGAACGCACCUUUGAGGGUCUGGUGCGACUGGAACACCUCAAUCUCGAAGGAAAUCAGUUGGCGGAGCUUUCCGAUGGCGUAUUUGAACACUCCAAGCUGCACAUGCUCGAGAACAUCAAUUUGGCCCACAAUCGCUUCGAAUAUGCUCCGCUCAAAGCGCUACAGUUGCGAUAUUUCUUCAUUUCCUCACUAGAUCUGAGUCACAAUCGCAUUCGAGAGUUGCCACGGGAUGAUAGCAUUAUGGUGAACAUCAAACGGAUCGAUCUCUCCUUCAAUCCACUCAGUAAUCAGGCGGUGCACAAUGUGCUCAAUGAACCGAAGACGGUGCGUGAGUUGAAUCUCGCCGGCACAGGCAUUGAGGAACUACAGCUGCUGGAGACCCCGUUCCUACAGUAUUUGAAUCUGUCGCACAACAAGUUGCACAACAUCAAACCGGAUGUAUUCCAACGUGUGACGCUUCUCGAGACACUCGAUCUCUCCAGCAAUGAGUUGGCAUCGUUGAGUGAUCUCUCGCUGGCCUGGCCACAGUUGCAAGUCCUGCAAGAGCUGGAUGUGUCUAAUAACAGUUUCGAGCUCAUUUCGCAGUCAAAUUUUGCACAGCUGGAAAUGUUGCGUACGCUGCGAAUGAAUCACUUGCCCCUCUGCAGCCGAAUCGAGAAGAAUGCGUUCAGACCGCUGCCAAAUCUGGCCAAUUUGGAGGCAUACGAUCUGCCGCUAUUGGGGUAUCUGGAUCUGCAGGGCAUUAUGGAGCUGUUGCCGGGCCUGGAGCAGCUCGACAUUGAGGUCAAGGAUGCGACCAUUGGCAGUGAACAAAUCCAGCCGUUGAAGCAUCCACGCUUAAGUUCCAUUGGCAUACGUGGUGAGCGCUUAAAGUCCAUCUCUUCGGGCACUCUGGCCGGGCUGAAGAGCAGCGAUCUGAUUAUCAAGCUGCAGAAUACCUCGCUGAGUGCUCUGCCGCCGGCGUUGCUGUUUCCCGUGCCGCGUUCCUCGCAGCUCGCACUUAAUGUGGAGGGCUCGCGGAUUAGUUCGCUGGUGCCACAGUUUCUCAACGCACUGGACGAUCGACGGGCUAGUUUGCAGCUGCACGGACUCGAAAGCAAUCCCAUCAAUUGCAAUUGUGAUGCACGCGCUCUGCGCCGCUGGCUGCCCAACUCGGGCAUGCCGGAGCUGAGGUGCCACGACCCGGCCUACCUUGCCGGCCGCAAACUGAUCGAGGUGGGUGACGAUGAGCUGACCUGUGAGCCACGUCGGAUGACAUCCUCCUCGGCUCGGCCGUCGACAUCGCAGCUGCUGAAGACCUCGCUGGUGACACGAAGUGGCAGCAUUGCCACCGAGGAGCCGCUCAUCAUUUGGAGCAUGGAGCCGACGCAGCCAACGAUUAUGAAGAUCAAGACAAAGGCGCCGCUGAUGAAGGCGCAGGCGCCCAUCAUCAGCAACGAUGACACACUGAUCAUUGGCAUUGUGGGCGGAGUGGUCGCCUUUAUCGCCAUAUUGAUAAUUAUCAUUUGUAUUAUUCGGCUGCGCAUGAGCAAUGUCGAAUACCAUCAGCAGAGUGCGGCCAUGAUGGGUAUGCCAACGGCAACGUUGCAACAAUUGGGCGCCCACAAUGCCGCCUACAAUUAUAAUAAUAAGAAUGCCGCGGGUGCCACAGCACUUUAUGCUGUCCCACCCUAUCAGGCCAAUUAUGCCACAUUGCCGCACAAGGCGUCGUCGUCCACACAGAAUCUGACGCAGCGUCAGCAGGUGGCGCAACAGGCCGCGGCACAACAAGCGGCGGCAGCUGCUGCCGCCUACUCGACCAUGUCGCGCAUGUCGUACUUCAGUGGUGCGGGUGGUGGUGGUGGGGCACUGAGUGCUGAUGGUGCCGACAGCCUGACGCAUCAGCAUCAGCAUCCGCAUCAGCAUCAGCAUCAACCGUACAUCAUCUAUUCGGACGACAAGGCAUACAGAUAGAUGUGAAUUAGGGAUUGUGGAUAGGUAAAUCUGCUUUCAUCCUGUCUCCAUCAAAUCUUUCUAACCUUCUCUCAGUCAAUCAGCCAAUCAAUCAAUCGAUCAAACAGGUUCUACCACAAUCGUCAUUGUCAGCUUAUGUUGUAUAUAGACUUAGUUACAUUCUAACCGUAUCUCUAUCUUAAUUAAGUCGAACAAAUCGCAUAUGCGUGAAUAAACAAAUUCUAGUAUAAUAU